CCGGACUUCCCGCCCUCCCUCCGCAUCCUUGCGCCGCCCGGCGCUGCGCCCGCAGCCUCGCCCGGCUGUGCGUGUGUGUGCGUGGGGUGCCGUGUCCCCCCCUCCCCCCCUUCCCCAGCCGCUGCGGACCCCCCCGGCACGGAGACAUGGCUCCCAUCGGACUCAAGGCUGUGGUGGGAGAAAAGAUUAUGCACGAUGUGAUCCGUAAAGUGAAGAAGAAGGGCGAAUGGAAGGUACUGGUGGUGGACCAGCUCAGCAUGCGAAUGCUCUCCUCCUGCUGCAAGAUGACCGACAUCAUGACAGAGGGCAUAACAAUUGUGGAAGACAUCAACAAGCGCCGGGAGCCACUGCCCAGCCUGGAGGCCGUCUAUCUCAUCACCCCCUCCGAGAAGUCCAUCCACUCCCUCAUCAAUGACUUCAAGGAUCCCCCCACCUCCAAGUACAGAGCUGCCCACGUCUUCUUCACUGACUCCUGCCCCGAUGCCCUCUUCAAUGAGCUGGUGAAAUCCCGCGCCGCCAAGGUCAUCAAAACCCUGACAGAGAUCAACAUUGCCUUCCUCCCUUCCGAGUCCCAGGUUUACUCACUGGAUUCGGCUGACUCCUUCCAAAGCUUUUACAGCCCUCACAAGGCCCAGAUGAAGAACCCGAUCCUGGAGCGCCUGGCGGAGCAGAUAGCCACGCUGUGUGCCACGCUGAAGGAGUACCCGGCCGUGCGGUACAGGGGGGAUUACAAGGACAACGCCAUGCUGGCACAGCUCAUCCAGGACAAGCUGGAUGCCUACAAGGCUGAUGACCCCACCAUGGGCGAGGGUCCAGACAAGGCUCGCUCUCAGCUCCUCAUCCUGGACCGCGGCUUUGACCCCGCUUCCCCAGUGCUGCACGAGCUGACCUUCCAGGCGAUGAGCUACGACCUGCUGCCCAUCGAGAACGACGUCUACAAGUACGAGACAAGCGGCAUCGGGGAAGCCCGGAUUAAGGAGGUUCUCCUGGAUGAGGACGAUGACCUGUGGGUCACCUUGCGCCACAAACACAUCGCCGAGGUGUCCCAGGAGGUGACCCGGUCCCUGAAGGAGUUUUCUUCAAGCAAGAGGAUGAACACAGGAGAUAAGACCACCAUGAGAGACCUGUCCCAGAUGCUGAAGAAGAUGCCACAGUACCAGAAGGAGCUCAGCAAGUACUCGACCCACCUGCACCUGGCUGAGGACUGCAUGAAGCACUACCAGGGCACAGUGGACAAGCUCUGCAGAGUUGAACAGGACUUGGCCAUGGGCACUGAUGCUGAAGGCGAGAAGAUCAAGGACCCCAUGAGGGCCAUCGUUCCCAUCCUGCUGGAUGGGAAUGUCAGCACCUAUGACAAGAUCCGCAUCAUCUUGCUGUACAUCUUCCUGAAGAACGGUAUCACCGAGGAGAACCUGAACAAGCUGAUCCAGCACGCUCAGAUCCCGGCAGAGGACAGCGAGAUCAUCACCAACAUGGCCCACCUCGGAGUGCCCAUCAUCACAGACUCCACCCUGCGCCGCCGGAGCAAGCCGGAGCGGAAGGAGCGGAUCAGUGAGCAGACCUACCAGCUCUCCCGAUGGACCCCCGUAAUUAAGGACAUCAUGGAGGACGCCAUCGAUGACAAGCUGGACACCAAGCACUACCCGUACAUCUCCACCCGCUCCUCUGCCUCCUUCAGCACCACUGCCGUCAGUGCCCGCUAUGGCCACUGGCACAAGAACAAGGCCCCCGGCGAGUACCGAAGUGGCCCCCGCCUCAUCAUCUUCAUCCUGGGCGGCGUCAGCAUGAACGAGAUGCGCUGCGCCUACGAGGUGACGCAAGCCAGCGGCAAGUGGGAAGUGCUAAUAGGGUCCACGCACAUCCUCACCCCACAGAAGCUGCUGGACACGCUGAAGAAACUCAACAAAACAGAGGAAGAAAGCAGCAGUUAAAAGGAAACGCCGCCGCCGACUCGGUGCCGAAUUCACCCUCCCCGCCGGGCGCCCGGCCCGGGGUGCGAUCCUGCACCCAGCCCCAGCUCCGGCCCGGCCCAGCUUUAUCUCUUGUUCUUGUGUUGAGCCCCCCUCCCCUCCUGCCGCCUUCCCCAUCUCAUUUUAUCCACCGGGAGGGGACGACAGCCAAAAAAUUAUAUAUUAAGAAAACCAAUGCAUUGUGUUUAAAAGAGGAAAAGAAAAAAAAAAAAAAUCUAUAUAUUUGUAGCUGCAGCUCUCCGAAGCACCCAGGAGCUCAUUGCUGAGUAACCAUCUGCCCAUUGCUAGUGAAUGAUGACAACACAAAGAACAGAAAAAGAACCGGUUUUCCAGAAGUUUCGCUCCUCGUUGGGGUCCUGUGUGGCUGGACAGACAGAUGGAUGGACACACCACCAUCACUCCAGCCUCUGCUCAGGCAGGCGCUGCGGGCUGGGCUCGGUUCUCGCUCUCGGCUGGGGGGUCCCCACUGCUCUCUCCUGUCCCUUGUCUUUUUGGGGUGGUGGGUGCUCCCACCAGAUGUGCCCGCCAACAUCUGGCACAGCCUUUGGGGGCGGGGUGGGGGGUUGCACCCGGGAUGCUUCGCCCUGCGGCAGUUCCCAUGUGACAAGGGACCAAAACGGUCAAAACCUGGAGGCUGGGCCCGUUGGCUCGCGCGGCCGCUCCCCCGCCCUGCUGCAGCCCGGCCUCCCUGUUCUCUGGGUGUUCCUUAAAAUGCGUGUGUAUAUAUAUAUAUAUUUUAAAAAUUGAUUUUUUUAAUAUAUAUAUAUAUAUCUCUCCAUCCAUCCCCACGGCAGCUCGGCACCCCCAUGCCCGGCUCCGCUUGCGUUGUCCCAUGGUGAAGCGUUUCUGAGCGUGCCGUCGCCCCAAGGCACCCCCCCCCACCCUCCGGGCCCCCCCUCCAGACUCUGUGUAUAUUAAUGACUGUGUCUUGUGACGUUCUUACAAGCUUGGUGUAUAGUGAUUUAACCAAACCUCUGAUUUUAGUUGGUUUUUUUUUUUAUUUUUACACCCAAGGAUUGCCCCCACCCUCCCCUGCCAUUAGGUGCACUGCAAUAUUUUGGGGUCCAUUGUUUUGUUCUCUCCCUCUAAAGGCUGUGACCCCCCCUUUUCCUUCCCCAAAAAAUCUUUCUUGCCUCGUUGGUGGUUAGCCCCUGCCCUCUUCCUUCCCUCCCCAUCUGUUCCUUGCCCAUAAAGUUAAAUAUAUAUUUUUAGGGCAAAGGCUGUAUCAUUGCACUGAUAUUUGUUGGUUCCUCCUCGGUCCUCCCACCCCAUUUGAGUUCCUUCUCGGUUUAGCAAUGCAAAUGCUUCAGGAUCUUGUAUGUUGGACGUUUUUUUUGUUGGUUUUUUUUUUCUGUUACAGUUAUUUAUAUAAAAAAUAAUUUAUCAAAAAUGAAAACUUAAAAAAAAAUAAUCUAGUCUGUCUUGGAACUUGUUUACCUUGAAAUUACUGGAAUCUAAAUGUUUGAAAGUGUUGAAGCACAAACAUGUAUCAUCUCUGUAUAUCUGUUCUUCUGUACUAAAGCACUUGAGUGACUAAAUAAAAGCGAUCUCCAUCCCUAGUGCAA